ACUCUCGAUGAGACACAAAAGAAGUUUAAUUUACGUUAGAAGUUUAGUUACGACUGCUAACACGUGCGUCCGCGGAAGUGUAGGUUAUUAUGAUUCAAGAUUUUUUUAUAUUUAAUACAGCAGGAUGUAAUAUAUUUCUCUGCACCUCUCUAGUAUUUUCACGAUUUGGUCUUUACGUCAAAUUCUUGUGCUCUUGUGUAAUUUGUACUAUAUAAAUAUUUAUCACAUAAAUAUAUUUUGUUUGAGGCAUACACAAAUAGCAAAAUAAUAUUUUUGUUGUAUUAUAUAAUCUGUGGUACUAGUAUAUAUUAAAGUUCGGAGGUCACUGUUAUCUUUACUUCGAAUAGUAUAUAAGCUAAAGUUGGUCUUAUUGUCACUACUAACGAAUAUUAUUAAAAAAUAAAAUGUUCUGUGAGGUUUUUACGUUCCUCGCUCUAGUUAUUGUUUUUAUCGUCUAUCAUGUAUCCAGACGUAAAUUUAGUUAUUGGAAGGAGCGCAAAGUACCGUACCUAGAACCCAAUGCAAUUCUAGGCAACUAUGGGCCUUUCAUCCUACAGAGGAAGUAUACAGGAGAAGUGGUACAAGAAAUUUGUCAAAAAUUUCCAAACAUACCAUAUUUCGGAGUGUUCUAUGGCACAGAGCCGACCUUGAUGAUACAGGACCCAGAUAUGAUAAAAACAGUCAUGACGAAAGACUUCUACUACUUCAGUAGCCGGGAAUCUUCCAAGUAUACGAGCAAGGAAAUAUUCACUCAAAAUUUAUUCUUCACUUACGGAGACAGAUGGAAAGUGCUGCGGCAAAAUUUAACUCCUCUGUUUUCUUCUUCAAAAAUGAAGAACAUGUUCUACUUAAUAGAGCAGUGUUCACAUGUGUUCGAAGGCAUGUUGGAUAAGGAAUUGAAAAAUAGCAAUACGCAAGGAGUGAGACCUUUGAUGGCAAGAUUUACCAUGGAUUGUAUCGGAACGUGUGCUUUUGGUAUCGACACGCAAACUAUGGUGCAAGACUCAGAUGAGAAUAUAUUCGUGAAAAUGGGAAAAGAAAUAUUUUUUGAGUCUCUUUUCAGAGGUUUCACAAUUGUCGCGAGGAGUAUUUGGCCAGCGAUAUUUUACGGUUUAGGAGGAAGAAGUUUUCCAAAGAAAGUCGAUAUAUUUUUCACAAAUUUAAUGACGGGAGUGUUUGCGGAGCGUCAGUAUAAACCUACAACAAGAAACGAUUUCGUCGAUCUAAUUUUAAAUUGGAAGACCGCAAAUAGCAUAACUGGAGACAGUAUGGAUAAUAUGAAAGGUGGUGGCAAAAAAGUCAGCUUGGAGGUCGAUGAUGAGAUACUAGUAGCACAAUGUAUUUUAUUCUUUGCCGCUGGAUUUGAAACCUCUUCCACCACGUUACAAUAUACUUUGUUUGAGCUAGCUAAGAAUACAGAAGCUCAAAACCGAGUAAUAGAAGAAAUAGAUGAAUAUCUUCUGCGUCAUAAUAACAAACUUAGGUACGAAUGCAUCACAGAAUUGCCAUAUACUGAAGCCUGUUUCGAUGAAGCUCUACGUUUGUACCCGGUUCUUGGAGUGUUGACUCGAGAAGUGUUCGAAGACUACACCUUGCCGUGUGGCGCGGUCAUAGAUAAAGGCGUUCGAGUUCAUAUACCAGUGUAUCAUUUACACCAUAAUCCCGAUUUCUUCCCUGAUCCAGAGGUGUUCCGACCUGAAAGAUUUUAUGGAGAAGAAAAACUAAUUAUACCUUACACUUAUAUGCCAUUUGGUGAAGGACCGCGUCUGUGUAUAGGCAUGCGUUUCGCGAAGAUGCAGAUGUUUGCAGGCAUCGUGACGUUGCUGAAGAAGUACCGAGUGGAGCUGGCGGCGGGCACGCCUCGCGCGCUGGAGUUCACGCCGACCACCAUAGUGACGCAGCCCAAACAGCUCAUCAAGCUGAAGUUCAUCGAGAGGGAAGGCUGGCAGCAGAGGCUGUUCAAUAAAUAGAACCAUGUAUUGAUGUUGCCACAUCAAUCGUCAAAGAUCGUUGUGUUCCAACGAUUGCGCUCUAUUUAUCAUUGCCUAUGUAUGAUUUUAGAGCAAUAUAAAUUAAAAUAGACUUUGUACGAAUUGCUGUCGUGGUUAAUAAAUGUUUUACUUUACAAUGUUUGAACUGAUUUGAUAUAUUUUCAACAAAAUUAAAAAAUAGGUACUGAUUGUUUGCAUGUCAGGCAGGUCUUAUUAGAAAAAUGAUAUAUUUGGCGUAUUUGUAACUUACUUUGGUUCCAAUAUAUUUUUCUAUAUGGACAAUAAAAAUAUUAAUAUUUUCUCAUUUAUAAACAUUGUUAGUUUUAAAUUGAACAAAACUUAAAAAAUGAAAAUAUUCACGACUGCUGACUGUCAUAGCUAUAUUUACAAGCUGCAAUAUCAUAACGAGUAUAUCAUGUUACUAAAUAGAUAUAAGUAUUGGAGAGUUAAUGGUCUUUAUAUCUACGAUAUCUGUCACAACACAAAUAAAAUGUAAUAAAUUAUUGUCA